CCCCGGGCAGGGCCCAGCAACCAUGGCCCAUUACAAGGCCGAGCAGGACGACUGGCUGAUUGUCUACCUGAAGUAUUUACUCUUCAUCUUUAACUUCUUCUUCUGGGUGGGCGGGGCCGCCGUCAUGGCCGUGGGCGUCUGGACCCUGGUGGAGAAGAGCGGCUACCUCAGUGUCCUGGCCUCCAGCACCUUCGCCGCGUCUGCCUACAUCCUCAUCUUCGCAGGGGCCCUUGUCAUGGUGACGGGCUUCCUGGGCUUCGGCGCCAUCAUCCGGGAGGACAGGAGCUGCCUCUCCACGUAUUUCUGCCUGUUGCUGGUGAUCUUCCUGGUUGAGCUGGUGGCAGGGGUCCUGGCCCAUAUGUACUACCAGAGGCUCAGUGAUGAACUGAAGCAGCACCUGAGCCGGACUCUGGCUGAGAACUACAGGCAGCCCGGGGCCUCCGACCUCACAACGUCAGUAGACCGUCUCCAGCAGGAUUUCAAGUGCUGUGGGAGUAACAGCUCCGCCGACUGGCAGCACAGUGCCUACAUCCUGUCUCGGGAGGCCGAGGGCCGCCGGGUGCCCGACAGCUGCUGCAAGACGGUGGUGGCACGCUGUGGCCAACGGGCCCACCCCUCCAACAUCUACAAGGUGGAGGGAGGCUGCAUCACCAAGCUGGAGCAGUUCCUGGCUGACCACCUGCUGCUCAUGGGGGCGGUGGGCAUCGGGGUGGCCUGUCUGCAGAUCUGCGGGAUGGUUCUCACCUGCUGCUUGCACCGGAGGCUCCAGCUGCAUUUUUACUAAUGGCCAACUGCGUCCCCCUCCAACAGCCCCUCA